UCUACUACUUUAUUUGCCUAUCCUCUGCUCUAUUCUACAAUUAUUAUUUUAUUAUUAUUAUUCAAACAAAGGGAAAAUCAACCCAAUAUUUUAGGGUUCCGACAGAUUCCCAAUCAAAUCAACCUGCCGUGCCCAUUGAUCCAUUCCAAACCAAAACAUUCAUCAAAAGAUCAAAGUUUCGUUAUUUAUAGCCAGAGGCUUUCUGGGUCCUUUUGAGUUUCUGCCUUUGAUAUUUUUUUUAUUUGUGAGAUUUAAGACCAUUUCUGCAAUGGCUGCUGCUGCUGCUGCAACUUCUGGGGUUGUUGCUGGUAACGGUUCAUCUGCUUCUUGGAUGAAAUUCAAACGAAGGGAAAGGAAGAACAACAAAUCAAGGGUUUGUUGUUCUUAUUAUUCUUCUUCUUCUUCUGUUAUGGAUCCUUAUAAGACCUUGAGAAUACAAAAGGGGGCUUCUGAAUCUGAGGUUAGGAAGGCUUUCAGACAGCUUGCUUUGCAGUACCAUCCAGAUGUGUGCAGAGGUAACAAUUGUGGGGUACAGUUUCACGAAAUCAACGAGGCUUAUGAUAUUGUGAUGGCGAACUUGAGAGGGGAAUCAAAUGAGGCACAAAGUUAUGAGGCAUAUUAUGAUGAUGGUGGAAUUGAUGAGCCACUGAGGGGAAUGAACGAUCCAGAUUGGGACAUGUGGGAGGAGUGGAUGGGGUGGGAAGGAGCAGGAAUUCGUGACUAUACCUCUCAUAUUAAUCCUUACAUUUGAAAUUGUAAAUGUAAUUAUUCAAUCAUAUCAUGAUUGUGCAUUAGUUAAAGUGGGUCUCUUCUUGACCUACUUGUCCCACCAAAGGUGCUGGUUGGUGUACUUUGUAUAUAUUAUAUUAUAUUAAAUAAUUGAAUGUAAAGUCCUCUAUGCAUAAUUGAAGAAGAGGAAAUGUCUCUUUAAUCCUUCAAGUUAAAGACAAAUGAAAGGCUUCCAUCUCAUAAUAAUAUUAAUGUAAACAAUCAUUAUUUGAACAUUAAAAUAAA